CCGGGGUAUAUGACGAGACGGCGGCGGGGAGGAGGAUGGGGAGUGGUUUUUGGUGACUGGAGACAUGGCUCUGCACGGCGGGGACGCGCAGGAGAAGCUGAGGUCUGUAUCUGUAGACCUGAAUGUUGAUCCUUCUCUCCAAAUUGAUAUACCUGAUGCCCUAAGUGAAAAGGACAGAGUGAAGUUCACUGUGCAUACUAAGACUACACUGCCAGCUUUUCAAAGCCCUGAGUUUUCAGUUACACGGCAGCAUGAAGACUUUGUUUGGUUGCAUGAUACGCUCACUGAAACUGAAGAGUAUGCAGGUCUCAUUAUACCUCCAGCACCUUCAAAGCCUGACUUUGAUGGUCCCAGAGAGAAGAUGCAGAAACUAGGGGAAGGAGAAGUGUCUAUGACAAAAGAAGAAUUUGCCAAAAUGAAACAAGAACUAGAAGCUGAAUACCUCGCUGUCUUCAAGAAGACUGUAUCAUCACAUGAAAUUUUCCUUCAGCGGAUUUCUUCUCAUCCUGUGCUCAGCAAAGAUCACAAUUUUCAUGUUUUCUUGGAGUAUGACCAGGAUCUGAGUGUUCGGAGGAAAAACACUAAAGAGAUGUUUGGUGGCUUUUUAAAAAGUGUGGUAAAGAGUGCUGAUGAGGUCCUCUUCUCUGGAGUCAAGGAAGUAGAAGAUUUUUUUGAGCAAGAGAAGACUUUUCUUGUGAACUACUACAACAGAAUCAAGGAUGCAUGUGCAAAAGCAGAUAAGAUGACAAGAUCUCAUAAAAAUGUUGCAGAUGAUUAUAUUUAUACUUCAGCUUGCUUGAACAGCCUGGCAUUGGAAGAACCUACAGUUAUCAAGAAGUACUUGUUGAAAGUUGCAGAGCUCUUUGAGAAACUCAGGAAGGUAGAGAGCAGAGUUUCGUCUGAUGAAGACUUAAAGCUCUCUGAACUGUUGAGAUACUACAUGCUCAAUAUAGAAGCUGCUAAGGAUCUUCUGUACAGACGAACAAGGGCUCUUGUUGAUUAUGAAAACUCGAACAAAGCUCUAGAUAAAGCCAGACUAAAGAGCAAGGAUGUUGGGCUGGCUGAGGCACAUCAACAGGAUUGUUGUCAGAAGUUUGAAAAGAUUUCAGAAUCUGCAAAACAAGAACUGAUGAGCUUCAAGCAGAAGAGAAUAGCAGCAUUCCGCAAAAAUUUAAUUGAAAUGGCAGAACUGGAAAUAAAACAUGCAAAGAAUAAUGUUUCUCUCCUGCAAAGCUGUAUUGACUUGUUCAAGAGCUAAGGCGCCUUAAUCUGAAAAUGUGACAAAAGCAUCAAUUGCACUCAAUGACCAGGGGCAACUUAUUAGCUUGACUUCAUUAGCUUAAAAUAAAUAUUGUCACUGAGAUUCGGUUCGACUAAUACUUAAAUAUGUUGAUAGCAAUACAUUGACUUUAUUGGUAUAAAUGAGAGCUGAAUUAUGUAUGAAUUGUCUGGAUGUAGCUAACAUCCUAUUGGCUGAUAACUCAAAAUGAGUCAAAUGUAAGAAAUUAAUUUGCUGUUGACUGACUUCAUCUAGCAGAAAAAGUGUACUGUGAACUCUUUUUUUUCCAUAUCAUUAUCUGCCUCUUCAUGGCCCUGAUAUAUUUAAAACUUGCAAGUGGAAGUGACUUAAGUGUAGUAAUUUUAUAAAGUAAAUACCUUAACAUUCCACUUCCCAGACCGAUUUCUACUACAAUAUAUUUCUAUAAAUACAUUCACUAUUUGUACACUUGGGCAAUAUAGCAAAUAAAGACGUCUGAUACAACAAA